AUGGAUGCAACAAAUGACUCUGUGGUGUCUGAAUUUGUAUUGAUUGGACUUUCAAAUUCAUGGGAGAUGCAUCUUUUUCUCUUUUGGUUCUUCUCUGUAUUCUACAUGGGAAUUAUCCUGGGAAACCUCUUCAUUGUGUUCAUGGUAAUUACUGACUCUCAUUUACACACACCCAUGUACUUCCUAUUGGCCAACCUCUCUCUUCUUGAUAUAGGUCUAUCCUCUACCACAGUCCCCAAAAUGAUCUCUAACCUUUUCACUAACUGCAACAUCAUUACCUUUCCCAAAUGCAUGAUACAGAUAUUUUUUAUUCAUUUCGUGGGUGGAGGUGAAAUGGUGGUGCUCAUAACAGUCACAUAACUUGCUGUGUUCUUGGUGAACCUGACCAAGUACACUGCAAUCUGUAAGCCUCUCCACUACCUGACCAUCAAGAGCCCCAAAAUGUGUGUUUCCUUUGUAGUGGCUGCCUGGAUAGUGGGGAUAAUUCAUGCCGUGUCUCAGUUUGUUUUUGUCAUAAACUUGCCCUUCUGUGGCCCUAAUGAAGUAGAUAGUUUUUACUGUGAUUUUCCUCGGGUCAUGAAACUCGCUUGUGUAGACACUUACAAGCUGGAGUUUGUAAUCAUCGCUAACAGUGGGUUUAUAUCCAUGGCUACCUUCUUCUCUUUAAUUAUAUCCUAUAUCUUCAUUUUGGUCACUGUCUGGAAACGUUCUUCAGGGGACUUGUCCAAAGCAUUUGUCACACUGUCAGCUCACAUCACUGUAGUGAUUUUGGUUUUUACACCAUGCAUGUUUCUCUAUGUGUGGCCUUUUCCUACAACAUCAUUGGAUAAAUACUUUUUCAUUGUUGACUUUGCUAUCACCCCCCUCUUGAAUCCUGCCAUCUAUACAUUAAGAAACAAAGACAUGAGAGUGGCCAUGAGAAGACUGGGCAAACGGAUUGUGGGUCCUAGUGGGAUCUCACAAUGA